GUCAAUAAAAGCUCACUAGCAAAUGUGGCUGGAGGAGUGUGACUGAUAACCGCGACAAAAAACGGAAACAAAUAGUUAUUGAUUAGUUUAUUAACUUGGCAUAUUGUUUGGAAUACAAGAGACUUGUAUUUGUGUAUUCAUAUAUUUGUUUAUUUUUUAUUAAACCCACAGCAGUGAAAGUGUCUUCAGUAAUCGCCAGCUAUUAGGGUUUUUUUUUUUUUUUUAGGUUUUUUUUCUUCCGUGUUUGUUUAACGCGUUAUUAUCGCUUUAUUAACAACCCGGUUGCCAUGUCAACAGCGGCGCUGGAUAACAGCCUGUCUCGGAGCAGUAACGUUUCCAAACUGGAGCGACUGAAUUGCCGCGUGGUGAAGCUGCUGACGGUGGCGGUGCAGGAGGUGCUGGAGGCCGUGAGGGAAACGGUGUCCGAGUAUCAAGAGAAAACGGCUCGGACGCAGAGGGAGAACGAGAGACUACGCCUGAAAUUACAGGAUGCCCUGAAGAACCUGGAGAAAGAGCGAGAAGUGUCAAGACUUGCUUCCAUCUCCUUGUCCAUCAACCGCCCAUCCACUGAGACUCAGAUGAUGCCCGAAGCUCAACCUGUCUCUCGUAUGAAACAAGAUUCGGUUGUUAAAGCAGAUGCAGAACCAGAGGCGGUGUGCGACCUGCAAGUUGCACUUACACUACCUGAUAAAAGUACGCCAAGAACCGAGCUGGUCAACACCUCAGAUUUGCACUGCACCAUUAAAGGAACGGAACCUGGCACUUGUGUUUCUGAUGCCUCAUCAUGCGUUGACAUUAAAACCGAACCUGUUGCAUCCGAAUGCUCACAACAAGAACAACAGGUCCCUCAAGUUGUGGUUACCAUGGGUGAGGGUCUGAGAGACCAGACAUCCAGGCAGGACAGCAUCAGUUCGAGUCUGUACAUCCAGUCAAACCUCAGCACGCUCGGGAGGUGUAUAGGGAACAGUUGGAGCACGACGUCUUCCUUGCAAGGACUCGAAAGACAGCAUCACAGUCCGCGAGACGAGGAGCACCACGUGUGUCUGGUUUGCGGGAAGACCUUCAGCCGCGUCGGGAACCUUCGGAUCCAUCAGAGGUGUCACACCGGCGAGAAACCGUAUCGCUGCAUGGUGUGCGGCCGCUGCUUUAGCCAAGCAGGAGACCUGAAGAAGCACAAAAGGGUCCAUACCGGAGAGAAGCCCUACUGCUGCGUCCAGUGCGGCAAGAGCUUCAGCAGGGCCGAGAACCUCAAGCGGCAUCAGAAGAUCCACAUAGGAGACAGAUUACACCGCCAGAAUCUGUGGAAAGAUUCUCAUGGUUUGGCCAUUUGACUUUACAUGGACAACUUUUGGAAUUCAGUAAAGGAGCUGAUAUGAUUGAUGACUACCACUGGUCUGGAGUAGGUGCUAGUACUCAGGUGUGCUACAAGCGCUUUCCACAAAGUCAUCCAUCAAGCAAGCAAUUAAAAAAAAUUGUAAGUGCGGGACAAAAUUGCUGUAGUACAAGAGCAAUAAAACACAUUUGGACAUGCUGUUGUAGAAAAAUAAUCACCUGGGGUGGCAGUGGUAAUGGUGUGUCAUCACACCACCCCAGGGUUGAUUCUCUUCCUCAUGAGAUGCCAUUUUCUGGGAGGUAAAAAGUGGACCUCAGUGCGCAUUUCCAACAAUUUUCAGAAACCUGAAAAGAAUCAAGUAUUGAGUUUUACUGUAUGACAAUAUCCCAGUUUUUCUAAGAAGACUUUUGAAAUUAUGAUUAUUAAUAAUAACAACAUGGUUAAACAUUACAAUCUGCACCUUUAUCACACGUGGUACAGCCACAAAUGGACAACAUGGACGUUUACUUUCUUAUCGAUGCUUGUGUGAAUUUUUUUUCCCUCCUAUUUUAAGAGGAUAAAUUGUAUGAAGACAGCUUAUGGACACCUAGUAGUUAUGAUUAUAGAUUUUUACUGAAUCAUCAGGAGAUUAUUCUAAUGAAAGAGAGUUCCAAAUAAAUAAGUCAGUAUUGCAAAAAGUAAAUAUUCAUCCUAGAUUCAUUUGGUUGUUACAUUUGUGAAGUUUUUGAACUUUUGUAUAUUAGCAUUUUUUUGUUAAACAUCCUAAGAGGCAAAUAUUUUUUUUCAAGAGAACUGAGAAAGCCUUGUGACUAAUUGAAAAAGCAGAAAGCUUUAACUUCUUUUCCUAAUUAAGAGAGGCGAGUUCAUACGAGUUCUCCUUCCAUAAAUCUGAUGAUCUUCCUGUUCAUUUCUCAAUCUUUUUAUAAACACGUAACACAUGCCACUCUGAUCUGUACAAAGUUCACAGUUCAUUUCCUUGAUGACUCUCAUGGUGCUGAUGAGAGAUUAGAUAAAAGCUGAUGCUCCUCUUCCUGGAACAGUAGGCAGAGGUGUUACAUACAGUGACUAUAAAAAGUCUACACACCCCUGUUAGAACUACAGGUUUUGGGGAUUUUAAUUCCUCCUUUAAUGUGAUAUAGCAACCAACGACCUGGUUGCACACCCUUGUUUAGCGGGGCAUGUGACUGUGCUAAGAAUUAAACAAUCACAUUCAAACAUAUGUUCCAAGGUAAUUAUCAUACAGCUGUCAUUAAUGUAGUGAUUCUGAUUAACCUAAAAAUAAAGAUCAGCUUUUUCUGUAGGAUUUUCUCAACACCGUCUUGGUUUCAUCCAAAUGCUGAAGCCAUGGUCCUGCAAAGCCCUUAGGAAGGAUGUAUGGGAUUGUCACUGCUGAAAGGUAUCAAUCAGGUGAGAGAUAACCAUGCCAUGGUCAACGUCACUGAGAUGUAAAUUUCCCCUCAAGAUCUCCCUUUCUGAUAUUUUAACUCUUGAAGUCAGUUAACUCUUGGGUCAGUGGUAGCUCAGUGGUUAAGAUGUCGGACGACUGAUCCCAAGGUCGUGAAUUCAAAUCCUAGCACUGCCAAGCUUCCACUGAUGGGCCCUUGAGCAAGACCUCAUAUAACCCUCAUAUGCUCAGUUGUAUAAAAUUACAUAAAUGUAAGUCGCUCUGAAUAAGGGCGUCUGCCAAAUGCUGUAAAUUUAAUGUAAAUGAAGUUCUCGACCUGUAUCUGAGCCAUUUUGUGAAUUCCGCCGCUGAAGUAUGAUUGGCGGCUUAGAUAAUUGCAUGAAUAAACAGGUAUACAGGUGUUCCUAAUAAUAAAGUGGCUAGUGAAUGUAAUGAAACACACUAGCUUGCAUGUGUAAUAGGCUGCUUCACUUGUCAUGUUACUUGUGAAGUGUGUUAUUUCGCAAUACUUUAUUAUUUAUAAACUGAAGUUAUAUCGUUUAGAAAUUUAAAGUGAGUCUAGCGCU